GCAAUUACGAAGCAGAAGCUGUAUUUCAUGUGUGCUGCGCCACAAGCGUUUACCCAAUUCGAAAUGGGCUCAGAAAGGUGGUCUUCUGAGAAUAAUAUUACAUUCAUGAAUCUCUACAGAGAACAAGAAAACCUAUGGAAUUGUUUUGAUAAAAAUUAUAAAAAUAGAGAUAUGAGAAAAGCAUCUUUGGAAUACAUUGCAAACGAAAUGAGUCUAGUUAACACCAGUGAGGUAACUAAAAAAAAUAAAAAUUUACGAUCUACCUAUAACCAAGAACGCGCGAAAAUUGAAAAAAGUAAAAAGAGUGGAUCUGGGUCGGAAGAUGUUUACAAGUCAUCCUUAAAAUGGUUCGAUAUAAUGGAUUAUAUAAUGAAAACAAUUAAUUUGAAAGAAAAGAAAACAACAAGCAAUCUGCCUAACGAUACACCGUCGGGGUCUAAAAUUUUGGGAGAUGAUGUUAGUCGGGACAUUGAUGAUAAAACUGAUAAUAAAUCAAUCGACUCCAGCGACAGCUCGUUGAUCAAAAAUAAAAAUCCAGUUCAAGUUAAAAAUAAAAUAAAGCAUAACAUUACCCAAGAAACGAGCGGAAUUGCAGCAGCUAUUAAUGAGCUGAAACAACUGAAUAGUACUAUACAAACUUCCAGUUGUUCUCAGCAAUGUGAUGAGUACGAUGUUAUUGGAAAACAUGUCGCUAUUCAACUGAGAGAGCUCCCAUUACUCGAUUUUAUAGACGCCAAAGAUGAAAUCCAACAAGUACUUUCCCGAUACCGAGAAAAAGCUAUAUAUGUCCGAAACACAUCUGCUUUUUCCUCAUAUAAUACAUCGUCGCCAACGUCCUACAUAUCGCUGACAUCACCAGGAUCCAGUGUACCAAGUGAUUCAUUCCCAGGACCUGUCCCAAUAUCUGAUCGGCCCGCAGAAACAGUUUCUCGGCAGCCAGUUCAAACAGUUGUUGGACAACCAUCAAAUGCAUCAUACGAGGGUAUCCACUUUGGUGAUCCACUAGUCAGAGCAAUGAUAGAUGCUGAUAUGAACAAUAUGCAAUAACUUUUAUCCUCUGUGUUACUUUUGUUUAAUUUUGUAUGACUUGGUUUGUCUUUAAUAAAUGAAUGAAUGUAUGUAUGAUCCACACA